AUGACUUUCGGCUUGUUUCUCUCGCUUCUGAAUCAUAUGUUUUACGACUCGAAGGUGGAUAUACUCACGAAUUUUAUUCCGCAAAUAUUGUUCCUCGGCUGCAUUUUCAUCUAUCUUUGUGGACAGAUGGUUGUCAAGUGGUUCUUUUUCGUUGAAAAGGGCGUCGUGCUAGGAAUGCAAUAUCCCGGUCCAAAUUGUGCACCAUCGCUGAUUAUUGGUUUAAUCAACAUGUUUAUGUUGAAAGAAAGGCCAGUGGGCCAUUUGAUGGAGCAUGGAGCACAACAGUACAGUUGUUCAUCCUACAUGCUAUCUGAACCAGUGAUAUCCGUGCUUUACAGGAUGAUUCGGAACAUUUGA